GGAUACUACCUUAUCGGGAUUAGUCAUGCAAGACGGUUAUAAACAACCAACAUCAACACACGACAGUUUGUUCGGCAUGGAACCUUUUAUUCGGACGAACAUUUCGUCAGAUAACGACUCUGCUAUGCAGACGAUUAUCAAUG